AUGUAUCCUGUUUCACCGGCAACUGCUUCCCCGCCGUCUCCUCCCCCUACUACGGUCGCAUCACCUACGGACGGCAAGGCGCAGCCGCAGUUUGCAGACGCGGUAUCCAUGGUGCUCGACAACGACGACCUCCUCCUGGAGAUCAUGAUCCGCCUCGGCCUCCCCACGAACAUCGUCCGCGCCAUCCUGGUCUGCAAGCGCUGGUUCUUGGUCGCCUCCGACCCCCUCUUCCUCCGCUGGUUCCGCCUCUUCCACCCGCCCCGCCUCCUCGGCUUCUACGUCGCCACGAGGUCAGCGACCAGCCCCGCGCUGCUCCGCCCGCGCUUCGUCCCCAUGCCGCCUGAUCAGCUGCCGCAGGAGCUCGCGGCCGCCGUCCGCAUGGCCGAGAGCUACAGCUUGGACGCCUACGACGAGGACAUGACGUGCAUCUAUGACCUCCAGAACGACACCAUGCUCGUCAGCGGCUUCUCUGGCAACCAUACUGACGGGAAGAGAUGCGCGAUCGAAGUGCACUGGCCGAUGAGCCCUCACCGAGGAGUAGUCGCCCUCCCGGUGAUCCCGUACGACCAGUUCGACGGCACGUCGGGCACCGCCGCCCACUUCCUCAUGAAAGACGAAGGCGGCCGCAACAGGCUCGCCUACAUAUGGCUGUCCAUGGGGUUACUCUUCAAAGGAAAGGGCGAAUAUUCCCUGAAAUACAAGGCGCACAUAUACGUGCUGCAAGAGGACGGCCAGUGGCGCUUCCGUUCAUCGGCCGCGGCGGUGCUCCCUCCUCCCAAGUCGAAUUCGAGACCUCUGCUGGUCGGCACCAAGAUCUAUCUGGAGCACACUACCAGCAUCGUCGCGCUCGAUCUGAAAACCUCAAGCUUCUCCACGAUCCCUCUCCCGGAAGGAAUGGAGCGAUACAAUUACGAAGAUAUGAUUCUGUCGGCGGCCUAUGACUCAGGGAUUUUUCUCAUCCAUCUUGAUGUGGACCUCAAGCUUUGUAUCUGGCUCCACAAUGGGAAUUGGCACCUUCUUGAUGUCGUUAACUUGCCCGAAAUGUUUGAAACUUUGGGGAUGACAGGUUGGACAGCCGAUAAUGAGCCUGCUACUCUUUUGCAAACAACUCAGAUGGGGGAUUUCCUUGAGUUUGUGUUCCUCAAGUUGGGACAAUGUGCACUCUGCUACGAUACUAGACGCAGGGUGCUGCGUAAGGUGUAUGAGGUGACACAAGAGGAUCAAACUCUAGAGCAUCUCCAUCCUUUUAUGAUGACAUGGCCUCCAAAAUUCCCUGCACUCAAGGGUGAUUGUCUUGCAAGAAAUGGCAGCUGAAGAGCAAGGAUGGCACCAUGCGUUUCAUGGUAUCUGUGUUAGUGGCAAGGGCGCCCGUGGCUUCACGGAGGAGUAGUGAGUUAAGUCCAAUGUUGCAUUACUGCCUAGACCUAGUUUUGACAUGUUAUUGCUAUCUUUACUUUUUAUUUAAAACAUAUAAAUGGAAAAGGGACUGCCGUGUUGGAAUAGUUUCCUUAAAAGUUUGAAUGGGAUUACUUUUUUUUUGUUCAUUCUUAGAAGUCUGUAACCCUUUUUUAGCUUCAGCAACGGAAUUCUUUUUAGCAAAUAA